UUCUUUGUUCUAUGAGACCAGCAGGGGCAGUAGCAGAAAUAUGUCACUUGAGGCACUCUGGGCAGCAUUGCUCACGAGUGAUUGUGGGCCACACCAAACAGCUCCGGUUUUUCUUGGCGUGCCCCAAACUACCUAAACGUUGAUCGGCCUCUUAAGUUAGAGGCACUGUUUUAAUGGUAAGGUAGCUUUCCACCCUGACUUCUCACUUCCCUCCUCUCUGCUUUCACUUUACAUCUGAAGGGAAAAUGUUGGGUGGGCUAUAGCAUUUCCUUGGGGUUUUUGUUCUUCAGAGAAAGCUAUGUGCAGUUAAAGUCUGUUCCCAGUGCUGGGAAGUGGCUUUCCCAGGGCCUGGGCUUGAUUACAGGUGUACCAAACACUCAGCACAGACAAAUUUCUUUUAUCGGUAUGGAUAAUGCAAGACGUCAGCUUCUAAGACUGAAUAAACGCAAUGUUUCCAUGUUUGCCAAGAAAUGUCCUCUGCCUUGUCGCUCUCAUUGCAACAGAGAUUUGCUUGGGGAUGGGAAGCUUAUGUAAAAUUCUACAUCUUAAACUUAAAAAAAAUAGAUAAUGCUUUUAAACAAUAAUGCUUUUUAACAAUACUGUGGUUAAAAAACCUUUAGUGAAUCCAAAGAUCAUAUUUCUGCUGACUGAACUGUCUGGUACUGUGAGCUGUGUGUAGAGAACCAGUUUUGACUUUUCUUUUCUGUACUCUUUUGAUCAAAGGGUAGCCUCUGAGGGUAAGUGACUAAGACUUCUCCUCUGCUGCCCAAGCGCUAUGGUGCAGGGAUAGCUGCCGUCUUCAGCCAAACCAAAGCAGGCUCUCCAAAGAGAAGGCUGACUCUAGACAGGUGGUAUAUACACGAUAGUAUAGUAACUGGCCAACUGCUGCUUGUGCUUAAACUAUUUGACUUUUAUUUCUCUUGUGCAUUUUGACUGUUGUAAUUUUAUCACCUGAUUGUUGAAGUUCUGAACAACUUUUAGUGUUAUAUUUCUAUAACUGUUAAAAUGAUGUAUUCUUAAAUGAUAAAACAAAUUAAGUUGGGAUUAAGAUUUAAAGGGAUAAAUUAACAAAAUAAAAACUGAAAUGUAAUUUCUAUUUGUAAACUAGUUAGAAAACAUUUGAGUACAUGUGUGAAGCUUGGAGUCAAAUGGAAUAUUUAAACUUCCCACUGCCAGAUUCGCAGUACCAUUGCAUGAAGUGCUCGAAUAGGACUUACAGACUACUCGUUAUGGUUUUCUGUGUGUUAGAAAAGCACGGGUAGGUGAGGAGGAGGGAGGAAAUUACCCCGAUUGAGAAAUGGUUCAGAUGUUAAAGUAACAUAUUCGUGUGCUGAUGCUUGUUGCUUCCAGUACCCAAAAACUGGUGGAUAUCCAGUAUAGUUGCUUUUUACAUGUACGUUUUCACAACAUUACCUUUUUCUUAAAACACUGUGACAAGGAUUCAUUUCCUCGUGUGUCUGAUUCUGAGCCCACAGGGAAAACAUGCAGAGGCCAAACUUGGAAGCAGGCAUGUUUUUCAAUUUGGCAAACUGGAAAAAGGCUGUAUGACUUCCAGAUGUUUGAAGCACCACUUACUUUAUCACUUCUUUUGCCAAAAGGUUUGUGCUCUUUUUGUAGUGGGACAAGAAAAGCAGGUUUUGAGGUUCCCUUUCUCCCAGAAAAAUGAGCCGAUGUUUAGUACCGCUUCUCUGGGGUUGCAGUUGCUCUUUGUAUAAACAAGAGUGUGAGACAGCUCAGGCAGGUGGGAGUUUGGUCCUUUGGAACUCAAGUUCCUUUUGACUGUCCUUUUGGCUGUCCUGCGUAAACUGGUUACAAAUGUCUGGACUGUGGUCUCCUGUUCGGAUGUCUUGGGGAUUAGUGAAUCCUUGUAUACUGGGUAUACACAUGGUUAAUUACAACUUUCAGGAAGUGUUUUAUUUGGUGGUCUUUCUAUUGUGUAUGGUUUUAGCUUUUCCCCAUCUGAGACUUUGUUUGACAUGUGUGCUCUAAAAUCUAGAUCUUUUUAAACCCAUCAGCUGACAGAUUCACAGGGAGUUGCUUUGUGUAUUUAAGAUUUAGAAGAGUAAUGCGUAAGUGUACUGACUGGAAUAUAUGCCGUAUUUUACAGUUUUCUCAUUCUAUGAAUGUUCAUUUUAAGCAACCUUACUGAAAUGGGACAAUUUGGAAACCGUAUUUCAUGUGGCAAAGAGGAGAUCUGCCUGAAUACUGAGUAUUCUCCUGAACUGAUGUUCCCAAACACCCUGAUUUCUUCUAUGGCUGCUUUUUGCAUCAAAAAGAAUUCUGUUUCUGGACGGAAAACAGUGCUUCUGAGAGAAAAGGGACCCCUUAAGUUUCCAGUGGAAGUUGACGCCUGUGUGCCGAAGUGGACCCUGUUUUCGUGGGAGAACUGCUACAGGAGCUGCAGCUUUCCACAAACCGCCUGGGUUCAGUCCUACUGCAGAUAAACAUAUAAACCUAAAAGUUUAUAACUGAGCACUUCAGGUUAUGUUGAAUUACAUGAACGAUAGCCUGAGAACAGAUGUCUUUGUAAGAUUUCAGCCAGAAAGCAUUGCCUGUGCUUGCAUUUACCUCGCAGCUAGGACGCUGGAGAUUCCACUUCCUAAUCGUCCACACUGGUUUUUACUUUUUGGAACAACAGAGGAAGAAAUUCAAGAAAUCUGCAUCAAAAUAUUACAACUCUAUACUCGGAAAAAGGUUGAUCUGUCUGAUCUGGAAAGUAAAAUAGAGAAGAAGAAGUUGGCUAUCGAAGAGGCAAAAGCACAAGCUAAGGGUCUAGUACUGGAGGGACCCCCAAGUUUAGAUAACACAUCAGGAUUUUCCCCUAUCCCAAAAAAUGACUCACCAAAAGAAGUUAAAGGAAAUAAACCUUCACCGCUUCCAGUUCAGGCAAUGAAGAAUGCUAAAAGGAAAACGGAGGGAGCAAAAAGAACAAGUUCAAAUAGCCCAGUAAACGGGGUUCAGAAAGGAAGAGAAAGCGGAAGUCGAAGUGGAAGUCGAGAUCAAAGUUACUCAAGAUCGCCAUCCAGAUCUGCAUCCCCUAAGCACAGGAAAAGUGAAAGUUACUCCACUUCAAGUGGUUCCAAGUCCCACAGCCGUUCUCGGAGCCGCAGUGACUCUCCUCCAAGACAGUUCAACCACAGUUCUAACUACAAAGGUUCUAAGGUGAGAAGUUACAAGAAAUCAAAGGACUACAAAUAUUCAACACACAAACCACGGAAAUCCCGCAGCAGGAGUUCGUCGCGUUCCAGGAGCCGAUCCCGGGAGCGCUCUGAUCAUUCGGGGAAGUACAAGAAGAAGAGUCACUACUAUAGAAAUCACAGGCACGAGCGUUCACGCUCCUAUGAGCGAGCAAGUCAUCGCUAUGAGCGAGACCAUCCUGGCCACAGUAGGCAUAGGCGGUGAAUAAAGCAAAAAGUUGUUUCCGUUAGAAUUUAAGCAGUGGAGUUCUUCCUCCUUUGGUCUUUGCAGUAUAGGGUUAACCUGGCUUGUAAACCACCAGCUUGAGUAAUGUCCAUUCUGCUGGCAGUUCUGUACUUCCUAUCAUGAAUCCAAUGGAAAGAUUUCUAUCAGGACAGGAUGAUAUGAUAAACUUAAUCUGAUAGAUGUCUUGGUGGCUGUUCUGCUGGAGUGUCACCUUGUAACACUGCAGAACUUGUCUCUGGAUGCUCCUAUGCCUGCUCUGUAGUAGUUUGCAUACUGUAGUGCAGUGGAGUGUUGGUUUGGGACUUCCAGUUCUGCAAGCAGGACCUCCGUUGCUCAGUAGUUGGAAUACUCUGCUGAACAGUCCUUCCCUGUGGAACCAGAAGGCUCGAGACUGUUCAUGAACACCAUUGGAGUGGCUUGGUGCUAACAACGCUGUCUUUUCAUACUGACUCAGUUAUGUUGUACAAAUGUAAGGUGACUUUUCUAGAACUGUUGCCUAUAUUAGGUUAUAUUAGUGUAUAUAUAUUUUGCAGUGUUACAGUACAGUAUGGAAAUAUGGCCUUACUAGCCUUUACACUUUAUCCACAAUGUAAAUAAGCAUUUCUUUAAUACAGGUGGAAGAAAUAUACAGAAGACUCAAAACUUGAAUUCUAUCGAAAGACUCGUGUAGAAGAUUCUGAUAAAUGUGAAAGUAUUUAGCUCUGUGUAUUGAGAGUAGUAUAUUUUUAUCUGUGCAAUGCUGUGUGCAGGCCACCAGCUCAUAAGGCAUUUCCUAUAUAUUCAUUUUAAGUGGUUUGAAAUUCUUUACUCAGGAUCUUUGACACUCUGAAGAAUUAGUAGUUUGUCGAUCUGCAUGCUUGUUGAAGAACAGAGCAUUUACAAACCGAUAGCAACCCGGCCACAGCCCAGUAGUAUCAGUUCUAGUGGUAUAUCUGAGCUGUUACUCUCAUGCUCCCCAACUUCAUUAAAGUAUUUGAUUUUCUACCAAGUUCAUUUGAUAGUGGUUUC